AUGCCACUUGAAACCACCACGCCAACGGCCCCUAAAUCCACCACGGUAUGUGUGACCGGUGCGUCCGGCUUCAUCGGCUCGUGGAUUGUCAUGAGACUCCUGGAACGUGGCUACAUUGUUCGCGCAACCGUCCGUGAUCCAGGAGACAUGAAGAAGGUAAAGCCCCUACUAGAAUUGGCAAGAGCAGAUACCAAUUUGACACUGUGGAAAGCAGACCUGAAUAUAGAAGGAAGCUAUGAUGAGGCAGUCCAAGGCUGUGAAGGGGUGUUUCACAUGGCCACUCCCAUGGAUUUCGAGUCUGACGAUCCCGAGAAUGAAGUGAUCAAGCCUACAAUUGAUGGGAUGCUGAGCAUAAUGAGGUCAUGUGCCAAGGCCAAAACUGUCAAGAAAGUAAUACUCACAAACUCAGCUGGGACAGUGGAUGUUGAAGAGCAUCAGAAACCAGCCUAUGAUGAAACAAAUUGGAGUGAUCUGGAAUUCAUAUACUCCAAGAAAAUGACUGGAUGGAUGUACUUUGUGUCUAAAAUCUUGGCUGAGAAAGCAGCCAUGGAAGCAGCUAAAGAGAGUAACAUAAACUUCAUCAGCAUCAUACCACCAGUGGUGGUUGGACCCUUCUUCAUGCCUACAUUCCCACCAAGCUUACUCACAGCCCUCUCCCCUAUUACAGGGGAUGAAGCUCACUACUCCAUCAUAAAGCAAGGACAGUUUGUCCAUGUAGAUGAUCUAUGCGAGGCUCAUAUAUUCUUGUUCGAGCACCCUAAAGCUGAGGGAAGAUACAUGUGUUCCUCACAUGAGGCAACUAUCUACGACAUAGCAAAUUUGAUCAGAGAAAAAUGGCCUGAAUACAGCAUCCCGACUGAGUUUGAUGGCAUUGACAAGAACAUACCUGUGGUGAGAUUCUCCUCCAAGAAACUGGAAGGAAUGGGGUUCUCGUUCAAGUACACAUUAGAGGAAAUGUUUAGAGGAGCCAUUGACAGCUGCAGAGAGAAGGGAUUGCUGCCGUUUUCCACUCAGACCCACAGCAAUAGAGAAAACAAAGAAUCCACUUUGGAUUCCCAGAAAAAGCAUACUACCAUUGACAAUCAAGAAAAUGAUUUGCAUUCUGUAACUAAGGAAAAACAGAUGGAAGCGGGUGAGAACGGAAAAUGUGAAUGAAUUUAGCAUGUGCACAACAUUCUGAAGAUUUGUUGGUCUACUGUUUCCAAAUAAGUUUGCUGUUGUUCUGUUGAAUCUCACUCACAUUCCCAACACCAUUCUACAAGAGUUAAAUAAGUCUAUCUUGCAGUGUGAUAAUGUUAUCUUUUAGGCCACUUGAGCUUUCAAUAUCAGUGAGUACCAAAUGUCAAGAUGGUGUUAGUUCCAGUGUAAUAUCAACUCCAAUUAGAAAAUCACAGCAAUUAUGUAAUUCAAUUAAUGCCACUUUUAAGAUAGACCAGCUCUUUUUGUGAUAUAUGAAGUUUAUUAGCAAGCUAGAACAGUAAAUAUUGCAACAAUUUAAGAGUUGAGAGAAAUGAAUAGACCAGAAGUGGGCACAAGUUUGAUGCAUAUUUGUGCUAAGAAAAUGCUACCACAGUGCCAAAUUUUUCAAGAUUUCAACAAAAAACAACAGAACUAUGCCUCCCAUUAUUGGUGAAAGAAUACAGUAAUUUCAUAGCUUACUCUUGCUAAGUAUGAAUUUCCUUGUAGCUCAAUAUCAAAUUCGUAGACAUGACAACUCAGCUUCCUGAAGCCUUCCCCGAGAUAUAUCAAAAGAAAGGGUAUCUAAUAAAGUCAGAAACAGAUAAUCAUGAAAGGAACAAGUAAUAUCUAAGUGUUUCAUCAAUGGAAGAUGAAGAGGGCGUGCAUAAGAAUUACUUUCUACCAGGAUUGAUCCUUUGAAAUUUCAGCCUGGCCCCAGAAUUUAUUGGAAGCGAUUGCAAACCUCAGGCGUCUUUUUGAAAUCCAUAGGAAACAGAAAAAGGAAAAAAAAAAAAAAAAAAAAAAAAAAAAACAAA